CGGCACUCAUUUUCUGCAACACAACACCACAUAAGCUCCUCCCCAUUCUUUUGUCAUUCUCUUUGUUAAUCCCAAAAAAUAAAAAAUAAAAAUCCAAAAAUACAAAUCAAGAAGAGAAUUUCUCAAACAUGUCCACACUUGCCAGCUAUAAAUAAAUUUCCUCGGAUUAUGGUCUACACAUAUAUAUAAGCUCGUGAACUACCUGGGGAUCACACGGCUCAAUUCAAUUUUCACUCUUAUGGCAGCUCAACUACUCAUCUUUACCUUCUGGGCUGUCUUCCUUCUUCUCCUACACCAAGUAAAGCCUGACCUUGACAAAGGUGGAGAACUAUUGGAUGGCUUCACUGACGGGUUCGCCGCACCUCGACGCAACAACAUGAGCUUAAGCGGCUUUGCAGCGAUCGACAACAGUGGCUUACUUUGUCUCACAAACCAAACGAGUCAAGCUGUUGGGCACGCGUUUUACAAAAACCCGAUCCAGUUCAAGAACUUGUCCAGUGGCAAAGUCAUGUCCUUUUCGACCUCGUUCGCUUUUGCUAUAAUCGAUGAGCAUGGAAAACGAGGUGGAGAUGGCCUCGCUUUCACAAUAUCUCCAACAAGUGAUCUUUCUGGGGGAGUUUCUGGGCCUUAUCUGGGGUUAUUCAACCCCACCAACAAUGGGAACAUCUCGAACAACGUGUUUGCGGUCGAAUUCGACACUGUCUUGGACCCUCAGUUUGGUGAUAUCGAUAGUAAUCAUGUUGGCAUCGACUUCAAUGGCGUGGUCUCGAAGAAAUCUAUUGGGGUCGUGCAAUUCAUGGGUAGUAAUACGAAUAAGGCAGUCCUUAAUCUGCAGAGUGGUAAGGUAAUUCAAGCAUGGAUCCAAUAUGAUGCUUCAAUAAAUCUAUUAGAAAUAAAGGUUUCGACUCAGUCAGCUCAACCCAGGUCUGUACUUUUAAACUAUACUGUAGACCUUUCGACAAUUCUUCUUGAUUCCAUGUACGUUGGGUUUUCUGCUUCAACUGGUUCAACUGCCAGCUCCCACUAUAUCUUAGGCUGGAGCUUUGUUGUCAAUAAUGGAGAAUCUAAAAAUCUCUAUUUAGAUAAACUGCCUAAUCUCCCAUCUGUGCCUAAAAAGAACCACACAGGCAUAAUUGUUGGUGUCUCAGUCUCUGGAGCUUUGGUUGUGACUUUGGUCAUUGGUUUGGCUUUUUACUGCUUCCGAAAAAUCCAGAAGGCUGAUGGGGUUGAAGCCUGGGAGCUUGAUAUUGGACCACAUAGAUAUUCUUACAAGGAGCUGGAAAAGGCAACAAAUGGUUUUGGAGAUAAAGAGAUACUUGGGUUUGGUGGAUUUGGUCGAGUUUAUAAAGGAACUCUGCCAAAUUCAGACACCCAAAUUGCUGUAAAGCGUGUUUCCCAUGAUUCAAAACAGGGUUUGCAAGAAUUUGUGUCCGAGGUUGCUAGUAUUGGUCGACUUCGUCAUCGAAAUCUGGUUCAAUUAUUGGGUUGGUGUCGUCGACAAGCUGAUCUAUUACUUGUGUAUGAAUUCAUGCCUAAUGGAAGCUUGGACAAGUACCUAUUUGAAGAGCCUAAAGCAAUUCUGAGCUGGGAGCAAAGGUUCAACAUCAUCAAAGGGGUUGCUUCGGGGCUUUUAUAUUUACAUGAGGAGUGGGAACAAACUGUGGUUCAUAGAGACAUCAAAGCAGGCAAUGUGUUAUUGGAUUCUGAGUUUAAUGGAAGGCUGAGUGAUUUUGGUCUUGCUAAGCUAUAUGAGCAUGGCUCAAACCCAAGUACCACAAGGGUGGUUGGUACUUUGGGUUAUUUAGCACCUGAGCUCACACGCACAGGCAAGCCUACAACAAGCUCAGAUGUGUUUGCCUUUGGUGCUUUGAUGCUAGAAGUGGUGUGUGGUAAAAGACCCAUUAACUCUAAAGGAUUGCCUGAGGGGCUCAUGUUGGUGGAUUGGGUGUGGGAAAAGUGGAGAGUUGGAGCUGCUCUUGAAGUUGUGGACACAAAAUUGGAGGGUAUGUUUGAUGAAGUUGAAGCUGUUUUGGUGCUCAAACUGGCUUUAUUUUGUUCAAAUGAUAUAGUGGAGGCACGCCCCACAAUGAAGCAUGUGGUGAGGUACUUAGAGGGAGAUUUAGUGUUGCCUGAGGAAGUGGCAGCCCCAAAUGCACAUUACAGUACAAAGGGUGCCCGAGGGUUUGAGGAUUUCUACUUUCAAUCGUUUCCUACUACAUCUUCAUGUUUUGAGAAGGGAAGUACUUGGUCUUCAGUUGGGAAUGAUGAAGAUGCUGAUAUUCAAGCAGCUUUUACUUCACCUCUUCCCCUUUCUAACAAAGACAAUGGGAGGUAGCCAUGUUAUAGAGUUACAAUUCUUGUCUAAUUUUCUUUCCAAUUUUCUUCUUGUAGUUACCAUUGAAAAGAUUCACUGUAAAUGUCACUGCAAACAUGUUACUAGUCUAGUCUAGUUAUCCACAUCUCCUCGUAGAUGCAUCAGCACCAUUUACAUACUAAGAAUGAGUGUCAGGUUGAGCUUGUGCCAAAGCUAUUUUCUAAUUUCAAUAAUGGUAGUUGCCAUUCUUUUUUA